UCUGGAAGGAAAUGCUGGGCUCGUGCUUUGCUGGAGUUAAUGCUUUUAAUCCGUUGUUUGCUAUUGUCUAGAUGAAAUGAAGUCAUGCUUGGGUCAUCUCAGCCUUUCAAACCUCUCUAUUGCUGUCUUUCUGCCUCAUAACCCCUUUUUUUUCCUGUAAUACAGUGUUUUUUCAGCAAGCAAACAAUGUAAUCUGUCUUCAAGAUGUUUUCUUCAGCAUAUGUGGGUGUAGAACACAUUUUGCUGUGCCAGAGGUGUGCUUGAUUUCUUUCUACCUUCUGUUUUGUGCUUAGGUGACUGCCAGCUGCAAACACCUUGUCGAAUUCAGAAGUGCACCACUGAUUUUGUAUCCUUAACUUCACAUCUAAAUUCAGCUCUCGAUGGCUUUGAUUUGGAGUUCUGCAAGGCCCUGCGAGCAUACUCUGCCUGUACUUACCGCAAUUCCAAAGUAUGCCGUGGAAACCUGGUCUACCAUUCUGCAGUGCUUGGGAUCAGCGACCUCAUGAGCCAGAGAAACUGUUCCAAGGAUGGACCCACGUCUUCCACCAACCCCGAAGUAACCCAUGAUCCCUGCAAUUACAGUGGCCACACAGGAGCCAGUGAACAUCCCGGAGGGGAGAAAACUACCCCUACAUACCUAUUUUGUGGCUUGUUUGGUGAUCCUCAUCUGAGGACUUUUAAGGAUCACUUCCAGACAUGCAAAGUAGAAGGUGCUUGGCCUCUCAUAGACAAUAACUACUUAUCAGUGCAAGUGACGAAUGUGCCUGUGGUCCCAGGAUCCAGUGCUACUGCUACAAAUAAGAUAACUAUUAUCUUUAAAUCAUACCAAGACUGUACGGAUCAGAAAGUAUACCAAGCAGUGACUGAUGACUUGCCUGCAGCUUUUGUUGAUGGUACAACAGGUGGAGGCGAUGGGAACACCAAGAGCUUGCAAAUUGUGGAUAAAGUCAGUGGCAAAUACAUCGAAAUGCAUGCCAGACAUAUUGGGACCAUGGUGUAUAUACGUCAGCUUGGACGCUACUUAACGCUGGCCAUUCGCAUGCCUCAAGAGUUGGCCAUGGCCUACGAAGAGAGUCAGGAUCUGCAGCUGUGUGUGAAUGGUUGCCCUUCAAGUGAACGUAUAGAUGAUAGUGGCCACUUGCCUUUACCCGUGAGGGGCCAGUUGCUCCCUCAGGUAGGCACUGCUCAUCCCCGGUCCGUGUACACACUGGAAACUGCGACCACCAAAUGCAACGAGAAGAUGCUGGUGAAGGACAUCUAUUUUUACUCAUGUGUGUUUGACCUGCUUACCACUGGUGAUGCUAACUUCACGGCUGCCGCUCACAGUGCCUUGCAGGAUGUGGAGGCAUUGCACCCCAGAAAAGAGCGCUGGCAUAUCUUUCCCAGCAGCAGAGGAGGUGCUGUGGGCAAGGGUAGCAAAUUCUUUGUCUGUUUUGGACUUGCGUGCUUGAUCCUUGUUGUGUUUUUGUAGGUGUUGUUGUUUUUUCUUUGUCUAUAACAAAGUUUUGAAAUAUAUAUUGUCAUAAUAUAUUGAGUAAAGAUGAGUAUAUAUGUAUAUACAAUGUAUAUGAAGGGAUGUUUUGUCUUGGGACACCCACCAGAUUGUACAUACUGUGUUAACUGUUCUCAUGUAUGUUGGAUGUAGUAUUCUUUGUAUCUGUUUGUUUUGCAGUUGGUGAAAUGUUUUAUAAUGUCCCUGCAUUGGGACCUGAUAGAAAGCACUUUAUUUUUUAUAUAUUAAAUAUUUAUGUGUGUAUCUGAGUAACUAUAUUAUACAUAUACACGUGUACAUACAGUACUCAGUGCUCUGCCUAGCUACUGCUUGGUUUAACAGAUUUUUUUACUGUGUUAAUUCAUGGGGAUAUUUUCUACACUUUCUCUUACUGUAGAGACAACAUCUUUCCUGUCCUGUAAUGAUGUCUGUAUUUUACUGGAUUCCCUAGUUAAAAUUAUUUCAAAAGGAAUCAUGUUCUGUCCUAAUGGUCCUCCAUUCUUUAGAGGGAGAGUGAAGUGCUUCCCAUUAGCUCAGAAGACCGUCUUGGAUAACAUGAUUUACAGAACCUUCUAUGUAAUUCUGACAUUUCCUACUUCCAAGGCAUGAGUUUCAAAAUAAGCUAAGUGAAUAUGUUCGAGUGAGACUUACGUAGCUUUGUAGAGCCAUUGGAGAGAUGAUUUUGAAAGAUACUAACAGUGUACUUGUGUAAGCGUGUAACAUUUCCUCUUCAAAGUAGCUGCUGCAGAUGGUUCUGCCCUGGAAGGUUAAGUCAUUCUGCACUUAGGUGUUAAUUAUAUCAGUAUACUAAAAUGGGGGGAGGGAAAUGAGGCAUCUGACUGCUGUUACUGGGGAACUAGGAGAAGAAUGAUUUGAUGGCUUAAAGGCUGGUUUUACAUAGUGCCUUAAUCUGCUGCAAGAAACUGAACUGUUAGUGCAUGCUACAGUAACUCCAGCUCCAAGCCAGGCUUGUUUUCCUCUUGAAACUGUUCAUCUGAGGUUCGUUGGACUGAUGCAUUAGCCCUGCUCUGG